AUGUCGGAACCAGCGAGUCAAGAAGGAGUUUUGGGAAGGAGCUUCAGAUACAUGGGAGAGACCAAGGAGCUUAGCCUUCAUGGUUCCUUUGAUCUCUUGACUCAAAGACAAAUGUUGGCUUGGAAAGAGAGGAGUUAUAGCGCGUAUAGCUCAUUCCAAACAGAGCAGAGAACCGCAUAA